GAAUUUCUAUGGUGUCCAUUGACAGAUAAAUUGUGUUGCUUGGGAAGGUCUUCUUCCUCCUAUUCCUCUUUCUUUUACUUCUUCCUCUUCUUCCGCCAACAGUCAGCCAGGUCUCAUCCUCCGCCUCCUUCCAAGUAGCGAGCAGACCGAAAUGGCCGAAGCGGAUGAUGGGAAGGAGAGAGUUAACGGCGGCGUCCGCGGCGUGCACGUUGACGCCGACGACGGGUCCUCCCACCACCACACUCUCCACGGCGUCCUCUACGCCCUGGUCGCCACCGUCCUCUUUCCCGACCGGACCAGCCCCGCCGCUGGAGAGCCCUUCCUCCGCCGCGCCAAGAUCUCCUUCUACUGCAACGUUCCUCUCAUCCCGCAGGCUUCUCGAAACUCCGCCCACCAUCUCCUCCACUGGACUCGCGGGGGCUCCCCUCUCCGCGCCCUUCUCGUCAUCUCCGUAGGGACGGUUACUCUCAUCGCCUUGACAGGAGUUGUGGUGUUUAUGCUCUUCUUUCUAGUGGCCACGGUCAAUGCGAUCGUCAUUUCUCUUCUGAUGUCAUUGGCUGCGGCAGGUGGCUUUCUGGCUCUUUUCUUUGCCUUCGUGACAGCUGUAUAUAUCGGGGCUUUAGUUGUUGCCAUAUCCUUCAUAUCCACCGCCACAUUCUUCACAAUUGUGGGCGUGCUUGUGGCUACAGGUUGGGCAGGUUUCUUCUUGACUGCGUGGCUUGCAAUGAAGAAGAGCGUGGACCUUGCUAAGCACUCUCUGAGUGCGACACAAUCAGCAAUGUCAUCCAUUAUGUUGGUUGGCGUUCCUUCCGACGCCAGGAAGUGGGUGGAUCUUCGGACUGGAGCCAGUAAAUGAUCGACCGCAAAGAUUAUAUGUGGUAUAUGGCUGUAGUACUAUCUCGAUAUGCUUGCUAUGGCUCUAAUAUUCUCUUUCCCAGUUCUGCUUGUGACUGUUGUACCGUGUACGAAGUACAUAUACGGGUUGAGAGCUUUGCCAGUGUUAAAUAUAUAGAUCUUUGAUACGUCUUUGUCUUUGUAAUAUGGUCUAAUUGGGCGCUUAUAUGCGGAUGCAGAGACUCGUUUCCAUGUAUGUUAUGAAUGCAUCAUAUCGAGUUUGCAAAGUAAUGGCUUAUGUCGAUAUAGUUUCUGUUA